AUGCCGGAGUUCAAGGAACGCAAGCUUAUCACUGACCCUCAGAAGGUCUUCCACUUCACCGAUUUGCAAAGGCUGAAACCUACCCGCGAGAAUGACCCUUACGAAUAUCAAGCCGGAUGGGGCAACCGUCAUCAAUCAGAAGUAAUUCCUGGAACCCUUCCGGUUGCGCAAAACAAUCCUCAGGAAGUCCGUUUCGGCCUAUACACGGAGGGCAUCACGUACUCGGCAUUUGCUGCACCGCGUCAUUCGAACUUCAGCACUUAUAUGUACCGCGCACGUCCUGCUGCAGCUCAUAAGGGAUAUGUGCCUAUCCAGACCAAAUCCAACAUUGAGAAUUGUUUCCUUUCGAUAAAUCCAAAGGUGGAGACUCUGCCGGAACAGGCCGAAUGGCAUCCAUUCCCUCUACCCAAAGAUGAAGACAAGAUUGAUUUCGUGGAUGGCUUGCACACACUAGCGGGGAGUGGAGAUCCGAACAUUCGAGAGGGCAUUGCUCUUUACGUCUACAUGUUCAACUCGAGCAUGGAUCGAAGAGCAUUUUGCAACACUGAUGGAGAUUUCCUCAUCUGUGCCCAACUAGGCAAUCUGGACAUCAAAACGGAGAUGGGCAAGAUAUUCUUACAACCCGGCGAGAUCUGCGUCAUCCAACGUGGAAUCCGUUUCUGCUUGAACCUUGCCCCCGAUACCAAGGUGGCACGAGGCUAUAUUACCGAGGUUUGGGGAUCUAUGUGGGAGCUCCCGGAUUUGGGUCCUCUUGGGGGUCACGGGUUGGCAAACCCGCGAGACUUCCUCUACCCCGUUGCAGCUAUCGACGACGAACUGCAGGUCGAUUGGCAGAUUGUCAACAAGAUCAAUGGCAAGCUUGUCGCCAUUCAACAAGAUCAUAGUCCAUUCGAUCUCGUCGCAUGGCACGGUAACGUCGUUCCGUACAAGUACGACCUCACCAAAUUCUCGUCACAAAACAGCACCUCCAUCGACCACACCGAUCCCUCUAUCUUCUGCGUCCUCACGGCCAAGUCUCGCGACCCCGCCACUCCUCUGGCGGACUUCCUCUGGUUCGGCCCGAGAUGGGACGUUGCAACUAAUACCUUCCGAUUGCCUUACUUUCACCGCAACUCUGCUUCAGAGUUCCUAGCAUGUAUUUAUGGUAAAGGUCUUGGACGAAGUGAUGAUUUCCAACCCGGGGGUGGUAGUUUCGAGGGAUCCCAUACUCCUCAUGGCGGCUUCCACGAGGGCUAUCAGCAUGGAAUGCGUAUCCAUGAGAGUCAACCCGAGAAGAUCCUUACAGAUCAAUUGACAAUCAUGGUUGAAUCGAGCCGGUUAUUCCUCUGGACGGAAUACGCCCGCGUCGGCUGCGGAACCAUCCACACGCAUGGAACUGACUACAAGGUUUGGGAUGCGCUUCCGGACCGUUUCUCCGCAAACAAAAAGGCGCAGGAGUUACUUGCUCGGGUAAAGGAGGAUAAGAUUGCCGAAAAGAAGAGGCUCGCCCCUUACUACAUUGGUGGCUUUUCCCACGGCGCAAAUGCGAGCGAUACAGAGGGUGUGCACUCAAAAGAGCUGCAGCAAUACUUGAACGGCACUGUCAACGCAGUUGACAGGGAGCCUACGAAUGAACCGAAUGGAUCAACAACAGUGACGACGAAUGGAUCUAGCGACGGGACUACGGAUGGAGUCGCCGAUGGAGUCACAACAGAUGGAGCCGUGAAAGCCAUUGACGGCGCGCCGAUAAUCGAUGAUGGAGCCGUGAAGCCCAUGGAUAGAGCAAUGGAAAGGGCGGAUGAAGCAGCGGUUACGCUUGCAGUCACGGAUGCAGUCACGGAUGGAGCCGCGAAUGGGGUAUAG